AUGCUUGCGCUCAAAUACUUUGGCGCAGAGCCUGGAAAGGAGGGAACAUAUGACUCCUUCGUUGGUGGCCUUGUGGGCGGAUAUUUCGUCUUCGGCGGCCGUUCCAAGCGUACGGGAAAGAUCUCAUCGGUCAACCAGCAGAUCGUCAUCUACGUCUUUGCGCGAGUGAUGCUCGCACUCGCACGUAUCGCCGUGAAGCCAGGUCACGGAUUCCCAUUCGUAUCAUCCGAACCUCUCCAUGGAGUCAUUAAUCAAUAUGCCUGGCCUGCAUUCGCGUCGCUCUCGUGGGCUAUGGUGAUGUUGAUCUUCCGAUACCACCCCGAGGAGCUGCAGUCGAGCUUGAGAAGCAGUAUGACGUACAUUUAUAAGGACUGCAACGACUUUGACUCGCUCCGGACUUUGCUUUGGCAUAACAAAUAG